CGCCCCGCCCCGGCCCACCCCGUCAGCCCGGCGACGCGCGCAUGGAGGCCGGCUGAGGAGCGCCGCCGCCUCGCUCGGCAUCCUACAGCAAUCAGGAAGCUGCUGUCCAGCCAUGGAGGGAGAGGAGAAGCCAGCUCAAGAGGCUGACAUGGAACCCGUGGUAACAUCAGGGGCCUCAGAAGCAGUGCCCAGGGUGCUUUCUGGAGACGCUCAGAACAUCUCUGAUGUGGAUGCCUUCAACUUGCUCCUGGAGAUGAAACUGAAAAGACGGCGUGAACGUCCCAACCUUCCACGUACUGUGACCCAGCUAGUGGCCGAGGAUGGGAGCAGGGUGUAUGUGGUGGGCACUGCUCACUUUAGUGAUGAUAGCAAGAGGGAUGUGGUGAAGACUAUCCGGGAGGUGCAGCCCGAUGUGGUCGUUGUGGAACUCUGUCAGUACCGUGUGUCCAUGCUGAAGAUGGAUGAGCGAACACUGCUGAGAGAGGCCAAGGAAGUCAGCCUGGAGAAGCUGCAGCAGGCUGUCAAGCAGAAUGGGCUCAUGUCUGGACUCAUGCAGAUGUUGCUGCUGAAGGUGUCUGCUCACAUCACUGAGCAGCUGGGCAUGGCCCCUGGUGGCGAGUUCAGGGAGGCCUUCAAGGAGGCCAGCAAGGUACCAUUCUGCAAAUUCCAUCUGGGUGACCGACCAAUCCCAGUCACCUUUAAGAGGGCCAUUGCUGCACUCUCCUUCUGGCAGAAAGUCAAGCUGGCCUGGGGCCUGUGCUUCCUGUCCGACCCAAUCAGCAAGGACGAUGUGGAGCGCUGCAAGCAGAAGGACCUGUUGGAGCAGAUGAUGGCAGAGAUGAUUGGAGAGUUUCCUGACUUGCAUCGAACCAUUGUCUCCGAGCGUGAUGUCUAUCUGACCUAUAUGCUGCGGCAGGCCGCACGGCGCCUUGAGCUUCCCCGUGCCUCUGAUGCUGAACCCAGGAAGUGUGUCCCAUCUGUGGUUGUGGGCGUCGUUGGCAUGGGUCACGUGCCGGGCAUUGAGAAGAACUGGAGUACCGACCUCAACAUCCAGGAGAUCAUGACAGUACCCCCACCAUCCAUCUCAGGCAGAGUGUCCCGGGUGGCUGUGAAGGCUGCCUUCUUUGGUCUGCUGGGCUAUAGCCUGUAUUGGAUGGGCCGUCGAACCAUGAACCUGGUCCUGUCACUGCCUGCUGCGCAGUUCUGCCUCCAGAGGGUGAGCGAAGCCCGGGCAGGUCGGUAGGAGGACCAUGCUACGAAGAGACCACACCCGGGGGCUCUACUCCUCUGCAUCAUGUCUGGUGCUCCUGAGGAGCUGGAAACACCUGUCUGGGAAUGUCCCUGGGUACAGAUGCAUCCAAGCCACCCCCUAUGGGGGCCUAGGCCAGGCUUUCCCUGCCUUCCCCAUGCCCAGCCCACCCAAAUAAAGAAUAUUUAACUCUCUGAGCUCAGGCUUCCCAGCCCCCCGACACACACUGUAGGGCCACCUAUGGGCAUCAGGGCCAUCCACAGUGUCAGGACCCAGCAGCCUAGUUCCAAAAGGACCAGAAGCUGAGGGGAGGCACUGAAGCACCCCACUCUUAGCCCCAGGUGGGUCUGGCAAGCUGCUGCUCUACCUACCUCACUGUGCCUUGUGCUCUGGCCGGCAGAAGCAUCUGGCCCUGAGUGCAUCUUACUGUGGGUUUGGGGCUGGCGAGUUUUGGGGCUGGGUGUCCAUGCACCUCCUCCCUGGGUGUAGGGCUUUUGCCUGGCCUGGACACACAUGUGGCAUUGCCAGCUGCAUCUCUGCCCGCAGAGAGUCUGUGGUUUGUUUUUUGUUUGUUUGUUUGUUUUUGUUUUUGUUUUUUUUUUUAAUGUCAAAAAGUUUUUUACUCAGGUAAUUUUGACAUCAAAGAGAAAACAAACUGAAGCAAAUAUCAGGAAAUACAAGCCUUAAAUUCAGUAAGGACAAAGAAGUCAUCUUUUUAUUUGUGUCUGUGUGCCCUGAGUGGGCAGUGUAUGUCAGAGCUUGGGGGUUCAGGCCAGCCUCUACUAUACUCCACUACAGCUCAGAGUGUCUUGGGGCUGCCCCAGAUAGGAGCCUGCAAGACUGCCCUUGGUGCUGGCAGGGCCUGGACCUGAGUGUGUUAGCGGGGGAUGCCCAAGCUGCACUGAGGACAGUAGGCACCCACUAUGGGCCACAGAUCUAGGGCCAUGGUUGUUUUGUGUGCACCCAGCCAUUUGUGUGUACAGGCUGUGGCUCCUGACAUACUGCACAGCCUGGCAAGACCAAGACCACAUUGAUUGUCCUUGUGUUGACUGCCAAAUCAGGUGAAACACUGAGCUGGGCAGGGGCUGCAGGGCUGGAUGGGCUGUGUACUUCUGUCCCUCACUCGUGGAUUCAUUCCCUAGAAAGAAAUAAAUUUUAAUUUUGGAA